UGAAUCGCUCUUCACACGUGUCUCUUCAAGUCCUCUUGAGGACUCGAAUCCAGUUUUUCCACAGUUUAGUUUCCUCGCGUCUUUGGUUCUGGUCUGAGUCUUCACCAUGCCCUUCCACGGUCCUCUAUGCUCUUUGGCCAGAGACUAGGCUGAACCCGUAGACCGAGCAGCCUCAAAUGGAAAUGAGCUAAUGUGGGUUGGUCGCCGAGAAUCCGUCCACCAGUGAUUUGCAUAAUAGAGUAGCCUGUGCGCCCUUACUUCCGGGACCGGUUCCCGAGUCCCCUCAUCCCGGCCCCUCCCCCGCCCUUUGGUGGCAUUGUGUUCUGAUUGCCUGUUUUCCUCCUCGCCACCUCCCAGGUCUGUCCUCCCUCCGUUUAAGCCUCUAGCUUUGCUUUCCUAGGAGACUCCCCGGCAUGCAGAAAGGCGGCGCGUGGACUUCCCUCGUGACCGCGAGUCCCGGCUCUAGACGGACACCGAGAAACCGAGAAGUGCUAAAGUAAAUAAGAGUUCGGGGAGGGGUAUGAUAGCUUUUCCCGACUGGUACUUCGUGCCCAGCGGCACAGGUAAAAGAGCGGGACCGGGCCAAGGGCGACGGCAGCGGAGGCAGGGGCGAUGCAGCCGCGGGCGCUGGGACGCGGCGGGCAUCCUGGAGGGCGGCCCGCAGGUGGCAGCGCCGGGCGGCAGGCGGGGCGGUGGGAGGGGAGGGCUCGGCGCGCGUCGGGCGGUGACGGCAGCGCGGAGGGGAGGUGCGAGCCGCCAGCCGGCGGGGAGCCAUGGCGAGAGGCCGCACGGCGGCACCCGCAUCCGCGCCCGCGUCCGCUGCAGUCCCGUCCGCCGCCCCGGGGUCCACCCGGCCGCCCUCCCCGCGGGCCGCGAGCCCUUGACCCCCGCGCACCACAAGCGAGGCGCCCGUGGGAGCCCUAGAACCCCGACGACCCCUGCAUCCCGGAACCCCGGACCCGAGCCCGGGAGCGCCAGGUCGGCCGGCGCGAGGCAGCCGGAGGAAUCGCCGAAGCCAGACCCCACCGCGUGCGCCCCGGUGCCGCCCGGCCGGCUGCUGCGGAGGAAACCGGGGCCGCCGGGCGGCGGGGCUGGCCCGAGGACAGCGAGGAGGCGGCGGCCAGGAGAGCCGAGCGCCGGGGCAGCUCCGCGCCGGAGGCCCCCGGGACGGCGUCUGCUACCGGACCGCGCUCCGGGCGCACCCCGCGGCAGUGUGAGGCCUCACUGCUCAACUCAGCGUCAGCAUCACCUGGGAGCUCGUUAGACCUGCAGAAUCUCAGACACUGACCAAGACCUGCUGAAUUUGAAUCUGCAGUGUAACCAUAUCCACAGGUAGUAUUAAUGAUUGGAUGCCCCGUUAUGGUUACACAGAAUUUUCUUUCCUGAGACAUGAGGCCAGAUGAGGUAAGAACA